AUGGGCUCGGUGGGAGCCGAGCGCUUCAAGGAGCUGAGCCCCGUGGGGACGCCGGAGGGCAACGUGGUGAUGAGCUUCAGCUUCGACAGCUACCAGCUGGAGGAGGACGAGCUGCAGAGGGGCAGCCAGGCCAAGGGCGUCCUCACCUUCAUGGAGCCGGUUUCUGAGGAUCCCGAGCCCCAGGAUCAAUACCAUGGGAUUUACUUUGCCAUGCUGCUGGCCGGGGUGGGAUUUCUUCUGCCGUACAACAGCUUUAUCACCGAUGUGGACUACCUGCACCAUAAAUACCCAGGGACCUCCAUCGUCUUCGAUAUGAGCCUCACCUACAUCCUGGUGGCCUUGGUGGCCGUCAUCCUCAACAACGCGCUGGUGGAGCUGCUGAGCUUGCACACCCGGAUCUCCGUGGGCUACCUCUUUGCCCUGGGGCCUCUGCUCUUCGUCAGCAUCUGCGACGUCUGGCUGGAGCUCUUCACCCGCAGGCAAGCCUACGCCAUCAACCUGGUCGCCGUCGGGGUGGUGGCCUUUGGCUGCACAGUGCAGCAAUCCAGCUUCUACGGCUACACGGGGCUGCUGCCCAAGCGCUACACGCAGGGGGUGAUGACGGGCGAGAGCACCGCUGGGGUCAUCAUCUCACUCAGCCGCAUCUUCACCAAGCUGCUGCUGUCAGAUGAGAAGGAGAACACGGUCAUCUUCUUCUUCAUCUCCAUCGGCAUGGAGCUGACGUGCUUCAUCCUCCACCUCCUGGUGAAGCGCACCCGCUUCGUCCGCUAUUACACUGCCUGCUCCCGCAAGGGUCUCCCCGAGCCCCGGGGGGCUGGUGACCAUGGGACAGGCUACCGCGUCCACCACGAUGUCACCGCCGAGGAUGUCCGAUUUGAGAACCGGCCGCAGGGACAGCCGAGCUCCCCCCGGGGCAGCCCAGGACCCGAAGCUGAGCUGGCUGGCAGCGGCACCUACAUGCGCUUUGACGUCCCUCGGCCCAAAAUCAAGAGGAGCUGGCCCAGCUUUAGAGACAUGCUGCUCCACCGCUACGUCGUUUCCCGGCUCAUCUGGGCCUACAUGCUCUCCAUCGCCAUGACGUACUUCAUCACGCUGUGCCUCUUUCCCGGGCUGGAGUCAGAGAUCCACAACUGCACGCUGGGGGAAUGGCUCCCCAUCCUCAUCAUGGCCAUCUUCAACCUCUCCGACUUCGUCGGCAAGAUCCUGGCUGCCCUGCCCUACGACUGGAGAGGGACCCACCUCCUCGUCUACUCCUGCCUCCGCGUGGUCUUCAUCCCCCUCUUCAUCAUGUGCGUCUACCCCAAUGGGAGGCCCACCUUCGGCCACCCUGCCUGGCCCUGCAUCUUCUCUCUCCUCAUGGGCAUCACCAAUGGCUACUUCGGCAGCGUCCCCAUGAUCCUGGCCGCCGGAAAAGUGAGCCCUGAGCAGCGGGAGCUGGCAGGGAACACCAUGACCGUGUCCUACAUGACGGGCUUAACGCUGGGCUCGGCCGUGGCGUAUUUUGCCUACAGCCUCACCAGUACGUCCCACAGUACCUGUUUCUACACCGAAACCUCCAACGGCUCCUUUACAUUGGGGUACUGAGCCCCAGGGCGGGGCGACGGGGACAAGAUGGGACCUGC